CCUGCGGGCUGGCGGGCGGGGAACGCGCGGGCCGCUCCUCAUCCCCUCCCGCGCCGCUUCCGCUGCGGGUGGGCUGCGCGCCCCCGGGAAGACCGGCCCUUGCAUAACCGGCCCGAAAGAGGAAGCACAGAAAGGGCUGAAGUAAACGCUUAGGAAGACCGUUGCAAAAUAAAUCGGGCUUUCCAGUUUGUGGAACCAUCAUCGGGCCCCAAUCCCGUAGCCACUCAUAUAUCGAGGCGACAAAAAAGGGUCCAUUCGCGAGGGACGCUCCUGCGAGAACGGGGCGCGCGGCGCAGGCGCCCCUCUUGCACCUCGAUGCAAAGCAGCGCGGCGAGAGCCACACGUCUGCGCGCUGCGUGGAAGGGCAGGGCUGACACCACUUCCUCCCCGAGGCCGUGGACCUGAGCCCGGGUGGAGCCGAGUGCACGGCGUCGCCUUCCCCGCUGGCGCCCCGACGCCGACCCGCGCCCCGCCAAGUGCCCGCCAAGUGCCCUCCAAGUGCCCGCCAAGGCCCUGCAGAUCCGUCAAGAUGGGUGAGUCAAAUGAAGAUAUAGACCAAAUGUUCAGCCAUUUGCUGGGAGAGAUGGAUCUUCUGACCAAGAGUUUAGGAGUCGACACUCUUCCUCCUCCAGACCCUAAACCGCCGAGAGCUGAAUUUAACUUUAGUGUGGGGUUUAAGGAUUUAAAUGAGUCCUUAAAUGCACUGGAAGACCAAGAUUUAGAUGCUCUCAUGGCAGAUCUGGUAGCUGACAUAAGUGAAGCUGAGCAGAGGACAAUCCAGGCACAGAGAGAGUCUUCUCAGGAUCAGCUUCAUUCGGCAUCUCUGGAAAAAUCAAAUUUCAGUGGUGCAGCCUCUCUUGGUUAUGGAGCAGAUAUGGCUGUAACGAGUACUAGCCAAUAUGGGGACGAGUUACCGCCUCCACCAGCUGAUCCCAUGUUAGACCUGCCUCUGCCACCACCGCCUCCUGAACCUCUCUCUCAGGAAGAGCAAGAAGCAGCAGCCAAGGCUGAUAAAAUUAAGCUAGCGCUGGAAAAACUGAAGGAGGCCAAGGUUAAGAAGCUUGUUGUGAAGGUGCACAUGAAUGAUAACAGCACGAAGUCACUGAUGGUGGAUGAGCGGCAGUUGGCUCGAGACAUUCUAGACAACCUUUUUGAGAAAACCCAUUGUGACUGCAACAUAGACUGGUGUCUUUAUGAAAUAUACCCAGAACUGCAAAUCGAAAGGUUUUUUGAAGACCAUGAAAAUGUUGUUGAAGUCUUAUCAGACUGGACAAGAGACACAGAAAAUAAAGUGGUAUUUUUGGAGAAAGAGGAAAAAUAUGCUGUAUUUAAAAACCCCCAGAAUUUUUACUUGGAUAACAAAGGAAAAAAAGAAAGCAAGGAAACAAAUGGGAAAAUGAAUGCCAAGAACAAAGAAUCCUUACUUGAGGAAAGUUUCUGUGGAACAUCCAUCAUUGUACCAGAACUUGAAGGAGCUCUUUAUUUGAAAGAAGAUGGCAAGAAAUCCUGGAAAAAGCGCUAUUUUCUUCUACGGGCUUCUGGAAUUUAUUAUGUACCCAAAGGAAAGACGAAGACCUCUCGAGAUCUGGCAUGUUUUAUACAGUUUGAAAAUGUCAACAUUUACUAUGGGACUCAGUGUAAAAUGAGAUAUAAAGCACCCACUGAUUACUGCUUUGUUUUGAAGCAUCCCCAAAUUCAGAAGGAGUCCCAGUAUAUCAAAUAUCUUUGCUGUGACGACGCAAGAACUCUAAAUCAGUGGGUUACCGGAAUAAGGAUUGCCAAGUAUGGAAAGACCCUCUAUGAUAACUAUCAGCGGGCCAUGGCAAGGGCUGGGCUCGCCUCCCGGUGGACAAACAUGGGCACUGGCAACGCAGCUACACUGGCCCCGCCUUCCACAGGACUUAAAACAGGUACCACCCAGGCCAAUGGUCAGAUUCCCCAGGCUGCACAUUCUGUGAGCACUGUUCUCAACGAAGCAGACAGACAAGUUGACACGCCUAAGGACAAGAAGCCAGCCCUUAGUAACCACGACCCAGGAACGCCCAGGGCCCAGCACCUCCCGAAGUCCAGCCUGCCCCCGCCGCCUCCGGUGCGACGGUCCUCAGACACCAGCAGCAGCCCGGUGAUGCCCGCCAAGGGCGCGGCCGGCGGCCUCCCGCCCCUGCUCGACGACUCCCUGCCGCCGCCCCCGCCGCCGCCGCCCCUGGAGGACGACGAGCUCCCCCCGCCGCCCCCCGAUUUUGACGAAGCGCCCCCGAACUUCGUGCCUCCCCCGCCGCCGUGGGAUGCGGGGGCUUCCUUGCCGCCGCCGCCGCCGCCCCCGCCCGCCUUCGCCCCCGAAGCCACGAAGCCGUCCCCCGUUGUCGCCAAAAGGCCUCCGGUUCCCCCAAAGAGGCAGGAGAACCCAGCGCCGGCCAGCGGGGGAGGGGGCGGCGAGCAGGAUUUCAUGUCGGAUCUGAUGAAAGCUCUGCAGAAAAAGAGGGGCAACGUGGCCUAGGGAACGGGCGCGCGCCCCUCUAACCUCAAGUGCGUCUCCGCGGCUCUAUUUUCGUGGCGUCUUGUUCAUUCUCGGUAAAAUAUUGAAGUGUUCAGACUAGAAAUGAUGCAAAACGGCUCACUGUUGCUGCAGUACAUUCAUAGCCAUUAACCUAGCGCCGAAUUUAGAAUAUUUGCCUAAACGGACAUAUCUUUCCUAUGUAUUUCCUCUUAAUGGAAUUUAUCUUUCCUCCCAAGUUAACUAAAAUGAUGUAUGUUCAUUUUAUGAUGUUCAGAAGCAUCAAAUUAAUAAAAGUCAAAAAAAUUUCCUGAAGACGGUAUUUUUAGAAAUAGCGGUGUAUGUAGUGUGAUGUCAACACUAUUUCAUAAUAUACUUGACGUUUUAAAAAUAGGUUUCAAAAUCCAACGACGUCUAAAGUCUUGUUGAUCUUGACAUAGUUUCCAUUUCCACCUCCACGACCUUCACAAUUUUCAGAAAAAUCAAGAGAGGAAAAAGAAAAAAACAGGAGAGGCAGAGGGAAUUCAGUUUUUUUGAAAAUGGUCGCUCCAUUGGUUGAGGUCCUGGACACAACGCUGCUCUGUUUUUGCUUUUCUAAAGGUUGAAUAACAUAGUAAUUGGGGGGGAAAGUUAUUUAGAUAGUUUUUGGAGUCUCUGCUAUUUUACUGCUCUAAGUAUGCUAUAAAUAAAAAGUCAGAGAUAGGAAAAGGCAAUUGUACAUAUUCUUCAACCUGCAAUGUUUUCCCUCAGAUAAAUUUAAUGCUCAAUUUUAAUAAUCAAUUUACCUUAAUUUCCUGUUACCCUUCUCUCUUCUCUUUCUAGUUGGCUUCUGAGAGUCCUUUUAGAUUUUCUUAGUUUUAUUUCCAUAGUUUUUUCUUCUUUUUAAUUGUAAAACACUUCAAAAUCUUCUUAAAGUGGGUAGAAAAUAAAUAACUAAUGCAUUAUUUUCUGCUUAAAGAAGAUGAUUAAUCUGAUAUUUUAAUAUUUGGAAAAAAGUAAGCCCUAAAUUGACAUUUAAAACAAAAAAGUCGAUUCAGAUUUUAAAACCAAAAUAUUUAGUAACUAAAACUGGUAAGGUGCUCUAAAUUUUUCCUAAGCGUGUGCCUAAAAUAGGAUAGAAGGUAAAUGAUUUAUAUUCAAUCUCUCAUGCAUAGGAACUCUUUCCCAUUUGUUUGUGUUUUAUGAUGUUCUUUGAUGUCGGAUGCAGUAAAAACAUAGCUUUUCUGAGACCUGACCGAAGCCUGGUCGUUAUGCGGAACUCUGGGACAACACAGGAAAGGUGUUAAUGGCAUAAUUUUGUUAGAGACUGAUUUGGACAUUUAGGGCUGAGGAGGAGAGGUAAAACAAAGGGGCCACACGAGGUUGUCCAGGUUGCUCUAACCUGACCUCUGAUAGUGAACCAAUCAUAUAGGGUUCAGGACAAAAGAUCCCUCACAAGGAUUAUCUGGAUCUUACUUACCUUGAUCAAAAUUACCACUUGAUUUGCAGAUCAGGAAAUGCAUUAAGUACUUGAGAAGAAUAAUUUAGAACCCAGUACCACUAUAAUCCAAAUAGUGGUAUAGCCAACCCUUGGCUGAGUUUAUUUCUGCGUAUAAAACCUUAAUGGCACUUCCUGGCCCUAUGUAGAGAAGGAAGCUACCGAAGAAAAUUAACUGAUUUUGUGGUCAGAAUACUGAUACCAUUUUAGUGUGGAGCAAAGGGUUGAAUGCACUUUGUUUCCAUUCCUUGUUUGCCUAUGUGAUGGGUCCAAUUUGAUCUCUCUUGUACGAAUAUCCAAGAGGAAAUCCAGUAUUAAGGCCUCUUUGGUCAGGAAUCUUACAAAUCUGGGCUGCUUUUGCCUAAUCUUGGGGGGAGAGUUUGCUUUCAACAGGCCCAGGCACCAGAUCAGGAGCUCUGUGCAAUUUUCACUCAAGUGGCACAGAAUCUCCGUGUCUUGCAGAAAGGUCUUCACGCACACUGCCUAUACAUGAGCGACACUACUUACGUCAGCCCUGAAAAGGCUCCAGAAUUUGUUCUCCUUUUAUGAAAAGUUUAGUCACAAAUACAGAUGUGGGGGAAGUACAGACCCUGGGGAGGAGUCAGGGAGAAGGAGUAUGGGAUUAAGAUAGUAAUCCUAUAUUGUAAUUCAUAAAGACGACAAAAUUUCUUGCAUAAUGUUGCCAUCAGGGCAAAGACCCAGGUAACAGAAUAAUUGCAAUUAAAACCACAGGCUCUGAUCAAGUUUACAGAAAACAGCAUUUAACCUGCCACAUGACGGAAUCUGAUAGAAGAUUUUACAGCAGAUCUCAAAAGGGGAAAUGAACAUUUAAGCUUCCACUAUGUGUUUUACAUAUUUUAUUUGAUCAUAGGAACAAUGGCUGUUAUGAUACUGAAAUUAUCAAAUUCAAUGAUAAUCGAGCCUUUAACAUUUGUUGAGACUUCUUUUAUGGCUUGUUUCAUGGUCGGUUUUUAUAAACGACCCAUGUAUGCUUGUGUACAAUGUACUAUACUUGUUUAGAACAAGCUUGCUAAGCACGUUGCUCAAAUCUUCCAUAGUCUAAUAUCUAAUAUCUAGUCUGCUUGAGUCAUCAGUUAUUAAGAAGGAUGUGUUAAAAUCUCUUUCGAGGGGCCAGCCCAGUGGCAUGGUGGUUAAGUAUGGCCGUUCCACUUCGGCAGCCCCGGUUUGCGGGUUCAG